AUGGGAACAAGUCGGUCUAAUAGGUACAGCAUUGUGUCCGACACUUUACCAGAAGAGGAGCAUCAGAAGAUCUGCAGUCUGCGUCUUAGAAAUGGCCAUGGCUCUUCGAACGGCAGGAUCCAGACCAGAAGCUCCACCCAGGGAAGGAACCGCUUUGUAAAGAAAAAUGGACAAUGUAAUGUGGUCUUCACAAACAUGGAGGAAAAGGGCCAACGCUACCUGGCUGACAUCUUCACCACAUGUGUAGACAUACGUUGGAGGUACCUGCUACUCCUAUUUGCUACUGCCUUCGUUAUCUCAUGGCUCUUCUUUGGACUGAUUUUCUAUGGAGUGUCUCUGGCACAUGGGGACUUUCAGGGUAAUGUAAUGCCCUGUAUCCUCCACAUACAGGGCUUUGUGGGGGCGCUCCUCUUCUCCAUGGAAACUCAGACCACCAUUGGUUAUGGCUGGCGUUGUGUGACAGAGGAGUGUCCUGUGGCAGUGAUAACUGUGGUGGUGCAGUGCAUUGUGGGCUGUAUCAUUGAAUCUUUUAUGAUUGGCACCAUCAUGGCCAAGAUGGCACGUCCCAAGAAGAGGAACCAGACUCUCAUGUUUUCUAAAAAUGCUGUAAUCUCCCUGCGAGACGGUAAGAUGUGUCUCAUGUGGAGGGUGGGCAACCUACGGAAGAGCCACAUUGUGGAGGCUCACGUGAGGGCCCAGCUUAUACGCUCCUAUGUGACAGAGGAAGGGGAGUUCAUCCCACUGGAGCAGAUGGACCUGAAUGUGGGAUAUGAUGAAGGCACGGACAGGCUGUUUUUAGUGUCCCCACUGGUUAUAGUGCAUGAGAUUGACAAAGACAGUCCUCUGUAUACACUGAGCAAAGAUGAUCUGCAAACGGAUGACUUUGAGAUAAUAGUGAUCUUGGAGGGCAUGGUGGAGGCUACAGCCAUGACCACACAGUUCCGUAGUUCUUAUCUGGCACAAGAAAUCUUUUGGGGGCACAGGUUUGAGCCAGUCAUCUAUAAGGACAGAGAUCGUUAUAAGGUUGACUAUGCCCGUUUUCACAACACUUAUGAGGUGCCGUCCACACCUCAUUUGAGUGUCAAAGACUUAGAAGAAACAUGCAGUCGUGCCUCCUCCGUGCGGGUGAACACCGGUGGUAAGAACAAGCCGCACGUGAAGAGGCCCAUGAACGCAUUCAUGGUGUGGGCCCAGGCCGCGAGGAGGAAACUGGCGGACCAGCACCCUCAUCUGCACAAUGCCGAGCUCAGCAAAACUUUGGGCAAACUCUGGAGGCUCCUCAAUGAAAAUGACAAGCGUCCCUUCAUUGAGGAAGCAGAGAGAUUGAGGAAGCAACACAAGAAGGACUACCCAGACUACAAGUAUCAGCCAAGACGACGCAAGAAUGGCAAGAUGGGCUCAGGCUCAAGCACUGAAGCUGACGGCCUUUCGGAGGGUGAGCUCGGGCAGUCCCACUACACGGGCCUUGACCUGGAGGAGACUGAAAGUGGGGGGGAUGGGUCCCCUUUGGCAGGUCAGAGUCACAGCCCUCCGACACCACCCACAACUCCCAAGACAGAGCUGCAGCCUGGAAAAGACAGCAAGAGGGAAGGUGCUGGGAUCUGUCGGGGGUCCAUGGCAACAGAGGGAGGCCCUGGAGGAAAACCUCACAUUGACUUUGGAAAUGUGGACAUUGGAGAGAUGAGCCAUGAGGUUAUAGCUAACAUGGAGCCUUUUGACGUCAAUGAGUUUGAUCAGUAUCUGCCUCCGAAUGGGCACCCAGGGGUGACCCAGAGCACAGGUGCAGCAUCUGGGUCAUCCCCCUCCCCUGUCUCGUCCUACACCUAUGGCAUCUCUAGUGCUCUGGCCGCAGCGAGUGGACACUCAGCCUGGCUGUCCAAACAGCAGCCCCACCAUGGCUCUGCUAUUGGGGCUGAAGCAACUAAACCCCAGAUUAAGAGUGAGUCAGGCACUGGCACAGCUCCCUUCUCUGAGGCAGCAGGGGCCCACAUAGCUUACACUUCUCUGAGCCUGCCCCACUACAGCUCAGCCUUCCCCUCUCUAGCCUCCAGGGCCCAAUUUGCAGAGUAUGCUGAACAUCAGGGAUCAGGUCCUUACUAUGCCCAUUCAAGCCAAACAUCAGGGCUGUACUCAGCAUUCUCCUACAUGGGGCCCUCACAGAGGCCGCUGUACACUGCAAUCACUGAGCCAGCUAGUGUACAAACAUCACACAGCCCCACACACUGGGAACAGCCUGUCUACACCACUCUGACGCGGCCAUGACAAACAACCAACACCCAGGGCACUAGUGCAGGGUCUGCCUCCAGAUCCAUGCCACAACCUAGGAGCAGCUCCUGCAGCAGCAGAGGAGAAGGUGCUACGGACUGGAGGGAGUGGACCAGCACUAGGAGAGUGGGCUGGGGGGGCAGACAGGGCCCAGCCCUGUUUGCUGUUGGCUCAGAGGUAGAGGUGCUUUCACAGAGCGGGGGGCCCCAAGGAAAAGCUGCCACAGUGCAAGAGACACAAAAAGUGUCAGUGUGGUGGGGGUCCAGGUCUGUUUUAGAGUACUGAAGGCAUGAGCUCUGGGAAGCCUGAUGAAAGGGCAGGGAGGAGGCCACAGGGUGGAGCAUGUAAAAGCUGAACACCAGUGUGGAUCAAAGAUGUAGAGAUACAAAGCUGUAUUAUAAUCAGUGAUCACUCACAAUGCCAUGCCUCUAUU